AUGGCAAUUGGGACGCUCAAUUUUAUCGCUAUUUCCAGCAUUUUCACCACACUCCUGGUCAAAUACAAAGCUUCCCCCGGCCCAGACUUUCAAUUCUACAAGAACACCCGAUUCAAGGAAUGCGCAGCCGUAGUACCAGAUGCAAACAAUUGUACCGCGAUAACGACCUUUUGGAACGGGGAAGGCAAUCACUAUAUAUCGGAGACGAAUUACGGAGGCAAUGGCAACCCUUCAUAUGACUGGUGUCAAAUAGCCAGCUGCUUCAACGACUACAAAGUUAUUCCGUCGUCGCCAAACGACUCCGCCAUGGGUCUCACUGCCUUAUACAGCUGGUUAAACAUUAUUAUGGCUUCGAUUGGUGCUGUGAAAGUUAUAUGGAAGUCAUCUCCGUGGUUUAAGCGCCAUCGCAACCCAAAGCCUUGUCGUGGCCUCCGAGAGCUUAGUGUGAUUGAUUGGCUGGUCUUUAUUUGGGAGGUAUGCGGGCCUAUCGUCGGCUGGUGGGUCUCAUUCGCCAAAUUAAUCACCAACCCAGUCCCCAAGGUCACAAUUUCUCUCAUCGCUUGGACGACCGCCUGGCGAUAUUCCAGCCAGGUCCGACUUCAUCCGUACUCGUGCGCCCUUGGCCGAUCGCCCGGAAUAAAGCGCGUUCUACCUUGGGUCUUUGCGCUGAUAGCAGCUUUGCAAUGGGGUGCUACAGUAUACGCAUUGCAGGCUCAAGGCAACCGAGCCGUCUAUGAUAGCUAUACAUGCCUGGCAACCCAGGUUGCAAGUGCACCAGGAACAUCAACCUGCUCAGCUGAAGAGCUCUGCUCAAAAUCCUCCCUCUUCAGUACCAAACCCUUUCUCUUACCAGGGGAUAUCGCUCAAGGGUUCCCUUUUGGAUAUUUGGUUCUCUGCUCAGGUUGCGUGUUUUUGCCACCGUUCAUUGCCUUUGUGAACAAGUGCCAUGACUCGAAAAAUUCAUUCAUAGAGUAUUACCACAGGUUCUCACCAGUGCUUUGUCUUGCCCUCGUGGCAGGAUGCGCUAUGGCGGCGACAGGCCUCAUGUAUCCCAUUACCCUUGGCCAGUAUUGGAAUCAGAGGCAUCCGGAUGCCCUUAUUGCGAUUGAUACUGACUGCCAUGCGGUGCAUGUUGCAUUGAGCCCAUGGAGGUUUUACUUGGAUGUGCACCAGUACGCACGGGGUUUGCGGGCUGCCAGACUAUGGUUCGGUGUAUGA